GUGGACGAGUGAGCAAAUUUUUCAUUACUUGAAAUUUUUGAGUUUAUUUGCCUUGUGAUUGAGCCAAAUGACGACAGAUCAAAUCAAAUGCAUUCUUUUUUGUGAGUUUCAUCCGAUCGCUGGUCCAAAGAUUGUUUACCAGUCUCCAGAUAACUUUAUUUCUAAAGAGGAAUUUGAUUGUGUAGCAGUUUAUAUCAUUCCAAAACCAGAACUCCAGAGUAAAGUUAUUACUGUAAAUGCUCUGAAUUACAAGUUUGUUGGCUGUCCAGUCAGCAUAGAAAAUGCCAAGUACUCGCGAAAUGCUCUUCUUUUCAAUGUCUGUUUUGUGUUUGGUUCAACUUCAGACACGAUUAGUUAUGAAGGAGUCGUAAAAAAGCUUGCAAACUACUUAACAACCUUGGAGCUUGAAGAUGGAUUUUUGUCCAAUGAAGAAAGCAAAGAAACAUUGCCUGAAAUACUUUGGAGUAUACGAACUAAGCUAAAUGAAGUUGGAAAGUGUACAAUCACAAUAGAUGAAGCCAACACCAUUCAUCUUAAGCCAGAUCUAACAAGCAAAGAACCUUGUCCAGUCAAUGAUCAUGAUGUACCUAUCUUUACAUGGUACCAGGGUGCAUGGUCCUUAUCAGAAUGGGAUAUCUCUACACAACAGAUAAUGCCAUACAUUGAUGGUUUUAAUCAUGUAUUAAGAAUUGCUAAUGAAGCAGACAUGGAUCCAAGUCUUGUUAGAGAAUGCAUACAAAACAUGGUUUACUACAAUGUUGUAAAACUCAUACCAAUAUUCCAGUAUUCCAAUGUGUACAUUCCUACUCCAGAAAUGAACAAACUGGUGACAGAAAAAAAACUACAGGAUGAAUGUAUCACAUACUCACCCAAAAAAGGAGCAGUUUUACCGACGUUUUAUGACGUUUUUAAGCUUUACUGUGGCCUCAGCCCAGGCGUUACUGUCCGUGAUCUUUGUGCUCGGUUCAACCCUGGUUCUCUUCGUAUUGACGAACGGCGUCUCAUUCAGUUUGGAGUGAUGAGAGGUCUUAUUCGUCGUCUCCACAAGUAUCCAGUCCUGUUGACCAAACCGCAGCACGACAGGUCGCUCAGAUCUCAUAGUAGAGGAAUGGUAACGAUAAAAACUGGAUCAAGCAAACACGUGCGUUUACAACCCAAAUGGCUCAACGGUAGACACAAUUACGAUGAAAUUUGCUGCAAAACGGGUUUAUCUCAUCAAGAGCUGGAUGAUAUUAUAGAGAACGAUCCGCACGUAGUAGUCGUGUGGAAAUAGGUCAAGAAUAGUUGGCGAUGGACUCUCCUUACAAUUAUCGUGGAUGCCAGGCUAAGAUAACAUGAAAACACAAGAGAAAUCACACUUUUUCUCGAUAGAAUUUGUGGCAUUUCUUUUGUAUAUCCAUGUUGGGGAUCUAUCGUUUCAUGGAUAUGCAACGAAAGGUAAAGGAGGAGUAGACGAUGUCUCUUCGGUAACCACAGGAAGCCCAUCCUUGACUCGGGAAGAUUUUGGUUGGUGGAGAUAUCGGGCGCGAAGCGUGAGAACUCAGCGGCGGAGCGGAAAACGGUAGUUGAUUAGUAUGAUAUAAAAGUAUAAGUUUUUAGCCCUAGGCACAGGCAGCCCAACCCAACAACAUUCAAAGCAGUUAUGUCGUCUUCACGUUGCGCGCCAUAAUUAAAAAGAGAACAAGAACAAAAGGAAAGGAAAAGAAGAUGAACAAUAACAAGGAGAAGAUGAACAACAACAAGGAGAAGAACAACAACAACUACAACGAGAAGAAAAACAAG